AAGUAGAAUAUGAGCUCCCACAUUUACUUCUUACCUAAUGAUCUUGAUCUUAGAGUUCUUGGCAUUAAUAAAAAUCUCCCUACAUUAUUCCAAAAGGAUUCCAAAUUCUGACACAUCCAAAGAGUUGCUGCUCAACACUUGCACUACCAUCCUUUAUAAGUCAUUGUGGUGGAAAUGUCACUUGCUUAUAGAGAUGAAUGUGUUCAUAGACAUUUUGUUUUUCCACUCAAUAAAUAUUGUUGAAAUAGUAUUUAUUAAAUGAUUUACACACAAACACACAAACACAAUGAAAAAAAGCAAGAGUUGAUAUAUAUAUAUAUGGUUGAGUUUUUCAUGCAAAAAUUGGUAAUGUGAAUGUCGAGGCAAGUCUUGAGCAACCACAACCAUUAGCAAAAUGGCAAGCCACACUCUCUAUCUUCUUCUGUUCACACUUCUUCUCCCACUUUCCUUUGGUUCAAAUGAUGAACUUAACACCUUAUUCUCAUGGAUAAAUAGUUCAACCAAACUUCCUUCACCUCUAGACUCAAAUCCAUGCAAAUGGUCAUUCAUAAAAUGCUCUCAACAAAACCAUGUAACAGAAAUAAACAUACAAUCACUUCAACUAGCACUUCCUUUCCCUCCCAACAUUUCAUCACUUUCCAAUCUUCAAAAGCUUGUCAUCUCAGGUUCCAACCUCACUGGCACAAUCUCACCUGACAUUGCUAACUGUCCUCAUCUCACACUCAUUGAUCUUAGCUCCAAUAGUCUUGUUGGUGAAAUUCCUUCAACUAUUGGAAACUUAAAAAAUCUUCAAGUUUUAGCCUUAAACUCUAACCAACUCAAUGGAAAAAUUCCAAUUCAGCUUUGUGAUUGUGUUAACCUCAAAACCCUAGACAUUUUUGAUAAUAACCUUAGUGGAACACUUCCAAAUGAACUUGGAAAGCUUUCAAAUCUUCAAGUUAUAAGAGCUGGUGGAAACAAAGACAUUGUAGGGAAGAUUCCUUAUGAAUUAGGUGAAUGCAUGAAUUUAACAGUGUUAGGACUUGCUGACACUAAAAUCUCUGGUUCAUUACCUUCUUCAUUAGGUAAACUAAGUAUGCUUCAAACAAUUUCAAUUUAUAGUACUUUACUUUCUGGUGAAAUUCCUUCAGAAAUUGGUAACUGUUCUGAGCUUGUGAACUUGUUUUUGUAUGAGAAUGAUCUUUCUGGUUCAUUGCCAAAAGAAUUAGGUAAGCUUUAUAAGCUUGAAAGAAUGCUUCUUUGGCAAAAUAGUUUUGUUGGUAGAAUACCUAAUGAGAUUGGAAACUGUACUAGCUUGAAGAUUCUUGAUUUGUCUUUGAAUUAUUUCUCUGGUGAAAUGCCUCAAAGUUUAGGGGAACUUCAAAAUCUUGAAGAGCUUAUGUUGAGUAAUAAUAAUAUCUCUGGUUCAAUACCAGCUUCUGUUUCGAAUCUUUCGAAUUUGAUACAGUUGCAGUUAGAUACAAAUGAGAUAUCCGGUUUGAUUCCUUCUGAGUUUGGAAAGUUGAAUAAGUUAACAGUUUUUUUUGCUUGGCAGAACAAGCUUGAAGGCAGUAUUCCAUCAGAAUUGGGAGAUUGUAGAAGCCUUGAGGCUUUGGAUUUGUCUUAUAACUCACUCAAUGAUACUUUACCUUCAGGUCUUUUUAAGCUUCAGAAUUUAACUAAGCUUUUGUUGAUUUCUAAUGAAAUCUCAGGUUUUAUUCCUCCUGAGAUAGGUAACUGUAGUUCGCUUAUUCGACUCCGGCUUGUAAACAACAGAAUCGUCGGUGAGAUACCGAAGGAAAUAGGCUUUCUUAAUAACCUUAGUUUCCUUGAUCUGUCUCAAAAUCGUCUUACCGGAUCGGUUCCUCUAGAGAUUGGAAAAUGUAAAGAACUUCAAAUGUUGAAUCUAAGUAAUAACUCUCUUUCUGGUGUUUUGCCUAGUUAUUUGUCUUCUCUUACAAUGCUUGAGGUUUUGGAUGUCUCAAUGAAUAACUUUUCUGGUGAAGUUCCAAUGAGUAUUGGUGAACUUGGUUCACUUCUUAGAGUUAUUCUAAGUAAAAACUCUUUCUAUGGUUCAAUUCCUUCUUCACUUGGAAAAUGUUCAGGUAUUCAACUUUUAGACCUUAGCAGCAACAUGUUCUCAGGGAAAAUUCCUUCAGAACUUUUUCAAAUUGAAGCACUUGAUAUUGCUUUGAAUUUGAGUCAUAAUUCAUUAUCUGGUGUGAUUCCACCAGAGAUUUCAGCUCUUAACAAGCUUUCUGUUCUAGACCUUUCACAUAACAUGUUUGAAGGUGAUUUGAUGGUGUUUGCAAGCCUUGAAAAUCUUGUUUCUUUGAACAUUUCAUACAACAGAUUCAGUGGUUAUUUACCAGACAACAGGUUGUUUCAUCAACUAGCAGCAACCGAUUUGGAUGGAAAUCAAGGUUUGUGUCCUAAUGGUCAUCAUGAUAAUUCAUGUUUCAUUGAAAAUGCUGCAAUGGGAAAAAUGCUGAAUGGUUCAAAUUCUAAGAGGUCAGAGAUGAUCAAAGUGGCUAUUGGAUUGCUCAGUUCCUUGACUGUUGCAAUGGCAAUCUUUGGAGUCAUUACGGUGUUUCGAGCGAGGAAUAUCGUUCGAGAUGAUAACGAUUCUGAGAUGGGAGGUGGAGGUUCAUGGCCUUGGCAGUUCACACCAUUUCAAAAGGUGAACUUUUGUGUGGAGCAAAUUUUAAAAUGUUUGGUAGAAUCCAAUGUAAUAGGAAAAGGGUGUUCGGGGAUAGUUUAUCGCGCAGAAAUGGAAAAUGGCGAUGUCAUUGCUGUGAAAAGACUAUGGCCAACAACAAUGGCAGCCACUGCAAGAUAUGAUCAUAAUCAAAGUGACAAGUUAGCAGUUAAUGGAGGAGUUCGCGAUUCAUUUUCAGCCGAGGUAAAAACUCUCGGUUCUAUUCGACACAAGAACAUUGUGAGGUUCUUAGGUUGCUGUUGGAACAGAAACACAAGACUUCUUAUGUAUGAUUACAUGCCAAAUGGGAGUCUUGGAAGUUUACUUCAUGAAAGAAGUGGUAAUUGCUUGGAGUGGCACAUCAGAUUCAGGAUAAUACUAGGAGCAGCUCAAGGUUUGGCUUAUUUGCACCAUGAUUGUGCUCCUCCUAUUGUUCAUAGAGACAUUAAGGCCAACAACAUCCUCAUAGGCCCUGAAUUUGAACCUUACAUAGCUGAUUUUGGACUUGCAAAGCUUGUUGAUGAUGGAGAUUUUGCAAGAUCUUCUAGUACUCUAGCUGGCUCUUAUGGUUACAUAGCUCCUGAGUAUGGCUACAUGAUGAAGAUAACAGAGAAAAGUGAUGUAUACAGCUAUGGUAUAGUUGUAUUAGAAGUACUAACAGGGAAGCAACCAAUUGAUCCAACAAUACCUGAUGGACUUCACAUAGUUGAUUGGGUUAGACACAAAAGAGGUGGGGUUGAAGUGCUAGAUGAAACCUUGAAAGCAAGACCAGAAUCUGAAAUAGAAGAGAUGUUGCAAACGUUAGGUGUGGCUUUGCUAUGUGUAAACUCAAGGUCAGAUGAUAGACCAACAAUGAAAGAUGUGGUGGCAAUGAUGAAAGAGAUUAAACAAGAGAGAGAUGAAUGUGUGAAAGUUUUUGAUGCAUCUUCUACAAAUGAUGAAUCAGUGGAAGUGAUGAAACAUUCAUGCACAACAAGUAGCAGCAACACAAAUAUGCAUUUACAUUACUCUCCUCAUAGUUCUAUAACAUUAAAGUAACUUUGAAAUAUCAAUAAUAGCAAUGUGUGACUAGGCAACUAGGUUUUUUCUUUGCAAGAGUGGUUUGAUUUCUAUCCAAUUGUCAUUACUUCAGCUUCAUAGAUAUGGUUUGAUUGUGUAUAAGGAUAUUUAGUCUUAAUAAUUGUGACAAUUGAAGUAAUCUUUUUUCAUUAUGUUUA